AUGGACGGGCAGAUCCACCUCUACAGCCCCAGGUCGGCGAUCCGUGUGACGUCUGAUCCUGAGAAGAAGCCGCAACCGCACUCACACAAGCACAAGUCGUCGCGCCACCACCGCGACCGUCUAGAUGGCCAUCGUCAUAGCUCCAGCAGACGCCAUGCGGCCAAGGAGGCCAUGCAAUCGGCUAUUCAGCCUCCCACCAGCUUUGGGGACUUGCUGAGACAAGCACGAGGGAGCAGAGAAACGAGUCCUAGCCAUAGUCGCAGACAGAGCGUCGCCCCAAAGCAGGUAGAUGGAAGCGCAAGUGGAAAGGAGGAAGCUACCAGAGGCAUCACCAUUCCGCCGCGGAGACCCCUCCGCCCUGCUGACGUAGAGUUGGAAGCAAAGAGGGUCAAGGUCAGAGAGCAAGAUGUCCGCCGAGCCCUCCAGUCCCUCUCCGACCAAUCCCUCCAGACUUCGCGCCGCCUAGACGAUACAUACUACACCAUCCUUGAAAAGGCCUCCGUUUUGCGACAAACAAUCGGAACACUACAAGAGCUAUCCAGCUUAACAAGGGAGCUACACGAGAACUUUGAGUCGGACACCACCGAGCUGGUAGAUGACGUCAAGGGCCAAGUAGAGGUAUUUGACGGCUUCAAAACACAGCAAGAGCAGGUCACCGGACUGGAAGACCGCAUCAAAGUAGGGAGAGAAAAGGCAGAUGCUUUGACAGCAAGACUCGCAAAGGCACAGGAGCGUGUCAAUGCCAAAGCAAAGUCGGAAGCCGAGUGGCAGGCGCAGAAUACCCAUCGUGUGCGCAUCUUCUGGGGCACGAUAGGCCUUCUAGUCACCGCCCUCGUACUCCUUUUCGUCUUCCACCCACUCCAACCCGCGGACAUCGCCAAAACACCGCAAACGCAGCUCGAUCCCGCUACCAGAGAUGCUAUCCUCAACGCGGACAUACCAGAUAUAGCAAAGGAAGCCAUUAUAGGACAUACAACGGCCAAGACGACGAGCACAGCAGUUAGUUCUGCUGGUGUGAAGUCUGCUCCAAAAGUGGACGAGCGGCUGCGCAAGUUCGACGAGUUGUAA